CCAGCGUUCAAAUCAAGCGAAAAGGAAAACAAUCGUAGCGGCGGUGACUGACUGGCGAGAUUGCUGAAGAAUAACAACCAGAAAAGAGCGUGACAACACUGGGUGGGCUACUGAAGAAACUCAGACGAGAUGGCUGAAGUCUCUGUGGACGCCAACACGCUUUGCUUAUUUGAUGUUGACGGCACCCUGACAGCCGCGAGACAGAUGAUGUGGUUCUGUUGGUUUCAUCGAGCCGUGACCUCCAACUCUCACUGGAGCAGUUCGUAGCUGAGUGUGAACCGGCUGGGAUGAGAAUCAGCACCUCCAAAUCUGAGACCGUGGUCCUCAGUCGGAAAAGGGUGGCAUGCCCUCUCCAGGUCGGGGAUGAGAUCCUGCCCCAAGUGGAGGAGUCCAUGUAUCUUGGGGUCUUGUUCGCGAGUGAGGGAAGAAUGUAACGGGAGAUCGACACGCGGAUCGGUGCAACGUCUGGAGUGAUGCGGACUUUGUAUCGGUCCGUUGCGGUAAAGAAGGAGCUAAGCCGAAAGGCAAAGCUCUCGAUUUACCGGUCGAUCUACGUUCCUACCCUCACCUAUGGUCACAAGCGGUGGGUCGUCCGCAAGAACAAAAUCCCGGACACAAGCAGCCGAAAUGAGUUUUCCUCCGCAGGGUGUCCGGGCUCUCCCUUUAGAGAUAGGGUGAGACGCUCCAAGGAUCUCAAAGUAGAGCCGCUACUCCUCCACAUCGAGAGGAGCCAGAUGAGGUGGCAUGGGCAUCUGAUUCGGACGCCUCCCCGGUGAGGUGCACGUCCCACCGGGAGAAGACCCCGGGGACGACCCAGGACACGCUGGAGAGACUACGUCCUUCGGCUGGGCUGGGAACACCUCGGGAUCCCUCCGGAAGAGCUGGAUGAAGUGGCUGGGGAUGAGGAAGUCUGGGCGUCCCUGCUAAAGCUACUGCCCCUGCGAACCGACCUCGGAUAAGCGCCCGUGACUGCGGAAAUGGCCAUGUUUAUUGAGAAGUUGAAGACUCGGGUUCGCAUUGGCGUGGUUGGGGGGUCGGACCUCUGCAAAAUCAAAGAGCAACUGGGAGACGAUGUGAUCCAGAAAAUAGACUAUGUAUUUGCAGAGAAUGGUCUUGUGGCCUAUAAGAAUGGACAGUUACUAUCUAUUCAGUCCAUCCAGGCCCACAUGGGAGAAGAGCUACUACAAGAGUUUAUCAAUUUCUGUCUCAACUACUUGUCAAAGAUCAAACUUCCCAAGAAGAGAGGUACGUUCAUUGAAUUUCGCAACGGCAUGUUGAACGUCUCCCCAAUUGGACGCAGCUGUACUGUGGAGGAACGCAAAGAGUUCUAUGAGCUCGACCAGAGAGAAAAAAUCCGGGAGAAGUUUGUGUCUGUUUUAAAGGAGCGGUUCAAAGGAAAAGGGUUGUCGUUUUCAAUUGGAGGGCAGAUCAGCUUUGACGUCUUCCCUGAUGGUUGGGAUAAAAGAUACUGCCUUGGGAUCAUUGAGAAGGAUAACUACUCAACCAUUCACUUCUUUGGUGACAAGACUAAACCCGGAGGAAAUGACUAUGAGAUCUACUGUGACCCACGCACCAUUGGCCAUGAAGUCACCUGUCCAGAUGAAACAGAAAAGCUUUGCCAGCAGCUUUUCUUCUCAUGAGAGAAGUACCGGGACAUGUACUGCAUGUUAAGGAUAGAAAAGAGACUCAAUUGAGAGGUUGUGUUGGUUCUGGAGGCUCUAAUUUUGCAGUUGUUUUUUUAUUUUUUAUUUUAUUUUUGAUGGACCAUUUGAAACGGUGAUGACUUGAAAUAAUGAUCAUAAUCACAUGCUAGCAUUUUGAAUUUUAGUUAUUAUUGCCAACAUUUGGUGUUUGUUCAAGAUUCUUGAUUUUGAAGCUACCCUUUUGAGACUGAAUGAUGAAUAGUUUGAAUAAUGUGUAACCUAAUAACGAAUAAUUAUGUCCAUCAGUUAUUAACACAAUGACUUCAUAGGAAAAUUACAAUCUGAAAAUAAAUAGCCUUUUUCCACUU